AGAGCGUGGGUUCAGGGGUCACUCAAGAUGGCGGCGCCCAGGAGGCGCUGAGGCGUGGAGCGGGGAAUGGCGCUGGCGGCGCUGGCGGCCGGGCCUCGGCUGGGGCGGCUGCUGAGCGGACCGGGACCGGGGCUGCGGGCGGGGCGGGGGCACCGGACGGCGGCCGGGCGCUCGCCGAGCUCGCGCGAGGCGGACGCCCCGGUGUUCCAGUACGUGGGCGAGCGGGCAGCCCGUGCCGACCGCAUCUUCGUGUGGGGCUUCAGCUUCUCGGGGGCGCUGGGCGUGCCCACCUUCGUGCUGCCCAGCGCGGGGCCCAAGCCUCGCGCCGGCUCGCGGCCGCCCCGCAGGAUCCAGCCCGUGCCCUACCGCCUGGAGCUGGACCAGAAGAUUUCCUCUGUUGCCUGUGGCUAUGGAUUCACACUGUUGUCCUCUAAAACCAAGGAUGUGACGAAAGUUUGGGGUAUGGGGCUCAACAAAGAUUCCCAGCUUGGAUUUCACCAGAGCCGCAAAGAUAAAACCAGGGGCUAUGAGUACGUACUGGAGCCCUCGCCUGUCCCACUGCCUCUGGACAGACCUCAGGAGACACGGGUGCUGCAGGUGUCCUGCGGCAGAGCUCACUCUCUCAUCCUGACAGACCUCGAAGGAGUCUUCAGCAUGGGAAACAAUUCUUACGGGCAAUGUGGAAGAAACGUGGUUGAAAAUGAAAUUUAUAGCGAAAGUCACAAAGUCAACCGAAUGCAGGACUUCGACGGACAGGUGGUUCAGGUGGUUUGUGGCCAGGACCAUAGCCUGUUCCUGACGGACAAAGGAGAAGUCUACUCUUGCGGCUGGGGCGCCGACGGGCAAACGGGUCUGGGUCACUACAACAUCACCAGCGUGCCCACCAAGCUGGGCGGGGACCUGGCCGGAGUGAACGUCGUGCAGGUGGCCACCUACGGUGACUGCUGCCUGGCCGUGUCUGCCGAGGGCGGCCUCUUCGGAUGGGGGAACUCGGAGUACCUGCAGCUGGCCGCCGUCACCGACGCCACACAGGUGAACGUCCCCCGGUGCCUACCCUUCUCGGGAGUGGGGCAGGUGAAGCAGGCUGCCUGCGGCGGCACGGGCUGUGCCGUGUUAAAUGGAGAAGGACAUGUUUUCGUCUGGGGCUACGGAAUUCUUGGGAAAGGACCGAACCUUGUGGAAAGUGCCCUUCCCGAGGUGAUCCCGCCCAGUCUCUUCGGCCUGACGGAGUUCAACCCGGGAGUCCACGUUUCCCUAAUCCGAUGUGGCCUCAGCCACUUUGCCGCCCUGACCAACAGAGGAGAGCUGUUUGUGUGGGGCAAGAACAUCCGCGGGUGCCUGGGCAUCGGCCGUCUGGAAGACCAGUAUUUCCCGUGGAGGGUGACCAUGCCUGGGGAGCCCGUGGAUGUGGCGUGUGGUGUGGACCACAUGGUGACUCUGGCCAAGUCCUUCAUCUGAAGCUCCACCCUGGAACCUGGCCUCAGAACCCCUUGGACUGCUUGGCAGAGACCCCAGCGGGGCUGUUGCCGGGGGUCAGAGAGGACCCAGACCCCUUGUGAUGCGUGAUGCUCUCUGCCAGUGCCCUUAGCAAGAACGUACUGGAAGUCCUGGGACUCAGGCCCCUCUCUGGCCAAGGGUGGGACGCGCUGCAUCACCACGGGGGGCUGUCCUCAUCCAGCCAAGCACCAGCAAGAGGGGCCCUGGGCUGUGUGUCUCAUCUGACCCGAGCAGCUGGUCUGGGGGGAAGCUUAGCUCUACGCCGUGCCGUUCUGUUUGUGCUUGAAGGUUGCCGGACGGCUCUAGUGGCCAGGAGGGGUUCCGCAAGCCUCAGCCCCCAGCAGAGCUCAUGGUGAGUGUGUGGGCGUCAGGGCCAGUCCCCGCCCGACUGCGGGAGCCGGGCUGAGAAGCUUGGAGAAGUUAGAGCGAGGCCAGGUUCUUGUGCACCGAACACCCCCUGCUUUCAGGAGCUUGGCUGGAGGGCGAGCCCCCGAGAAGAGAUCCAGAAAUCGUGGAAAAGAGUUGAGGUAGUAACAUCAACUUGGCCUUUCGUUUAAAAACAUCUUUGGAAAAUCUCUUUUGGAAUAAAAUCUAUUUUCUGCCUUU